AGCAACGGAAAGCUGUCUGUCCGGUGCGGAAAACUGCUUGAAGUGUAAUAACACCAUGAAAGCCCGGUAAUACAAACCGAAAUAAAUGCAUGUGUUUCAAAUGACGCGAGUAGAUGCAGGCUCUAUCUUUGAGAGGUGCUUAUCAGUUCACGAGUCGAUAUAAAAUUGCAUAAGUUGCAAUACACGGCUUCGUAGUACGCGGUUUUCGACAGUGCAAAAUAUAUAUGCACGCUUGAUGGCGCAAGACGAGUCUUUUCCGUCACUAUUCUACGUUUUCUCAUGUGCCUUACUGGCUUGCUGUUGGUUCAGUUGUGGUCAUAAAGCGCUGCGCAACGCGAGAGUCGUGAAAUUAAGCGCGCGAGCUUUUGAAGACGUGCAUAUGCAAUGUGUGUGUUUUGGGAGGAGGGAAAGGUGUCGCCGGACACGUGAUAACUCCUCCUAAUUUCUUUUGCGUAUACGUACAGGCAACUUGAGCACGCCCCCUCCCCCUUUGCGUUUAUAAUGUACGAUUGGAAAUACUGUUUACAAGCGUACAUAUCAGCGCUAUAUCCUGUCUCUUUUGCAGUUACCGAGGAUCAAACUAAGCGCCUGAUAAUUAGGCGUCAUGAGCUGGAGCGUCUAUUCACUGGCAAAAGAAAUGCAGCAAAGCAAGGCUGGCUCAAAAUCAUUGAGGAUAUCGGCCUGCAUGGCGCCACGCCUGAACAGUGCCGCAAGAAGUGGCUGAAUCUGCUAAGGAAGUACAAGGAUUUAAAGAACCCGCCAACUGGCGCUGGAAACGAAGAAAAUGAGCUCUCGUGGCCGUUCUUCGAAUUGAUGGAUACAGUGAUGUCGGGAAGGCCGAUUAUGACACCACCGCGGCUGACUGCGUCAGCGCUUGCUGAUGCAAGCACGGAGAAUUCAGAGGAUGCAAAUGACCAGCAACCCCGGGAGGCAAAAAGACAGAGACGCGAGGAGACGCCGAAAAAACACGACGUCAUGGAGCGCAUCCUCACCAACGUUGAAAAACAAACGGAACUAAUGGGGAAGAUGUUCGAUUUUUUCAUGAGGCGCGCGGAUGACAACUAGCCACCGUUUAGACCAUGUAUGUUAUGUAACAGCAGACAUUGUUAUUUUCACAAGGCUUUGUGGUUAUAUUUAUUAAUAAACUAAUAUGUUUGAUGAUUAAAAAAAA